AUGACCGCCAUACGGGACACUGCCCAAGAGCUAGGCGCCAUCUCCUGGACCCUCCUCGCGCAGGAAACAGCCGCAGACGCUCGCAUGGGCAAUCUUCUCCACUCUCUCGAGCAAGGAACCCAACUUAACAAAGAUGACCCCACCCUGGCAAACCUUGGACCCAUUUACGAAUCCAUUUACCAGGAGGAGGGCGUCCUCAUGUACCAAGAUCGAGUGGUGAUCCCCCAUCCCUACGUCAGCGGGUACUCCAGAGCCUGCACGCCGCUCACCAAGGAACCUCAUCGAUGGAACAGCGGGCCCGGUCCAUCGUAUACUGGCCUGGAACGCGCCGUCACAGGCCAGAACCCCCCCCCUCUUCCCACUGCGCCACCAUCAACCCCGUUCGAAGCAGUGUUCGCCGACUUCUUCGACUACAAAGGUUACCAUUACCUCGUCGUAGGAGACCGCCUCUCUGGCUGGGUAGAAGUCUUAAGUUCCCCAGCCACGACCAACCUUGCAGGAAGCACAGGAUUAAUUCGCCACCUCCGCACCUUCUUCGCCACGUUCGGCGUACCCGAGGAGCUCUCGAGUGACGGAGGCCCAGAGUUCACCGCCAAGGCUACGGAGGACUUCCUACGAACCUGGGACGUCAAACAACGCCUGUCUUCAGUCAGCUUCCCACAGUCCAACGGCAGGGCCGAGGUGGCAGUUAAAACUGCAAAGCGUCUACUGCUAUCCAACACUGGUCCCACGGGAAGCCUUGACCAGGACCGAUUCCUGAGAGCCAUCCUACAGCUGCGGAACACACCCGACCCGGACUGCAGUUUAUCACCGGCCCAGAUCAUUUUUGGGCGCCCCCUGAGGGACACACUCGCAUUUGUCAACCGCCAGGAGAAGUUCUCCAACCCCCACAUACGACCCCUCUGGCGUCAGGCAUGGGCGGCGAAGGAGGACGCACUCCGAACGCGGAUCUCCCGCACAACAGAGUCCCUCAGAGAGCACGCGCGACCCCUCCGCCCCCUCGCCAUCGGCACAAGAGUCUUCCUGCAGAACCAGCAGGGCCCUAACCCGAACAAGUGGGACAGAUCAGGGGUAGUCGUCGAAGCAGCAGGACACGAUCAAUACCGUGUGAAGGUAUAUGGCUCCGGACGCGUAACACUCCGAAACCGCCGCUUCCUACGUGCGUACACACCAGCCUUACCAACCAUACCACAGGCGCCGUCAGGGGCCCCAGCAAAGACGCUAUCAGUGGCUCCAGCCGCCCCAUCCCCAAGACCGCUGACAGGUCUCCCCGGUCGGCCAUCUUGGAACACGGUCAUUCGUUAUGCUCCGAGAUACAGAGACACACUGACUCUUAUUCGUAAGUUUCCUUAG